CCGGUCGCGCGAACGCGUUUGAGUAUCUAUGUUCCUAGCGUUAAUAAAAUACAUAAAUAAAUCGUUCUAUAUCUCAAAAGUGACACAAUUAUUGAAUUUACAUCUGGAUCUUUCAGUGAUUACAGUGAAAAACAAGUUUUUAAGUACGUGAAUAGUGGAAGUGAUUCUAUCGGAAUUUGUCGAACGAAGUUCGAUUGUGUUCAUAACUCUAUGAAUUAAAAUUGCCGUGAUACUUCAAUGAGGUAAAAUAAACACAGUGUGGUAAAAUUAAAAGUGGUUAAGUGUGAAAUGAAAUCUGUGAGAAGACCAUUAGCAGGAAAUUGUUCAAAGUGAAACGAAUGGGUGCGAUGAUGCGGCGGGAUCGCGUUGCAAAGGCCAGGCGGCCAUAACGCGGCGUGCAUCCGCAUCGCAGCCAUGUCGAGUGCACUGUCGCCGGCUGCGGCCACCGACGACGAGCAAACCCGUCGUCGGUCUGUCUUUUAUGUGCCAUUGUUCGAAAGCUUCGACAAUUAUCUCCCUUUGACGGCUGAAGAAAAAGAAGCUCUCAUAUCUGGGCAAAAUUUAGAGAGCAUCUCAGCAAAACCCAAAAAGAGAAAUGCAUCAGACAGCGGCAGAUUACAGAUACCGCCUAGGUAUGACUCGUCCUUGACGGAGAGCGAGAGCGACAUAAGCGUAUUCAGCCCAGAACGACGAUUUCGCCGACCUUUGUCGUCGACAGUGAGUUCCAAUGAAGCGCUAUCGAGAGUAGGCCAUCGCGACCUGACCAGCCCGCGAUUGGUAGCAGAAUGUGGCCAUUUGAGACAAAGCAAACCAAGGUUAAGAAGUACUACUUCAUGUGAACCUCGCUAUGAUAGAAUAUAUUCCCCUUUGGGAUCGAUCUCAUCUAACAAACUAAACAACUCGACAUCGAGCAUAGGCAAUAAGUCACAGUCUAAAGCCUCGAUAUUAAAUUCUAAUUUAUCUUUAAUACCCGACUCACCGAAACUUCAUACACCAGGCAAGGAAAAAUCUAAGACUUUGCCGCAAAAUCUCAAUGUGCCAUCGCCUAUUAGAGGCAGUAGUAGUUCUACGUCUAUAUUUAGAACGCCAAGGAUAACAGUGACGCCUGAUAGUCCUUCUAAAAGUCCUGGGAAGAUGUCGGGAUUAAACUUUAUUCGUCGAUCUCGGAGCACGAAAUUAUCCAGAAGUAACUCGUUGCUGCGAAGUAUAACAACGAGGCACAUAGAGGAAGGAUUGGAGGAACGGAGUGCUGUGGUGGCAGACUUGACAGACUACGACAAGUUUAUUGACGAUAAUGGUGGCGAGUCAGAGGUGAUCGGUGCUCUGAUUAAGAAGCAUGAAGCUCAAGUGGCAAAUAGUCCACUGAGUGUACGGCGCGGCUACCUAGACGUUGACGACGACGUUGCUGUGCAUUCUGACACAUCAUACGAGAAAGCAUGUCGACGUGGCUCGGCGCCGAGCACGCCGGUGCCUGGCGCACCACAGCACAGUCCUUCUCGGCUGGCGUCCUUCUUCUUCUCAAAACGGUCCUUCAGAAGCAACCCUCUCAAGAGGACCAAGUCUGCCACCAAGUUGGAGCGGGAACGCGCCUUGGCAACCGCCGUCCCUACACAUCCCGCCAGCCAUGCGUUGCGGACGUCACGAUCACACGAGAGCUUACUAUCGGCGCACUCACCAGCAGUGUCAACAAUGGACUUAGGACCACCAAAUCAGGUAGAAAUUCGCGCCCUCCACUCGUCGGUACUAGGCAGACCACACUGCUUUGCUCUGAGCGCUGAGAACAGAGCGCCACGCUACUUCGCCUGUGCCUCACGGAAGGAGCGAGAUAGAUGGAUAUACAGCUUAAGACAAGCUGCGCGGCCGGAGGAGACCCGGACGCGGCGAUGCGAGCGCACGGUCAAGUUAUGGCUACUGGAGGCUAAAGCUAUCCCGCCCAAGAAGCGCUACUACUGCGAGAUACUGCUGGACGACACGCUGUAUGCUAGGUCGUCAUCGAAGCUAAAGACGGAGCUGUGUUUCUGGGGCGAGGUAUACGAGUUCGCCAACCUACAAGCGGUGCGCGCGAUACAUAUCAAUGUGUAUCGUGAGCCCGAGCGACGUUCACGGAAACGCGACAAACACGCCCUAGUCGGCACAGUACGUAUCCCGGUCGACGACGUAUCGUCGCGAUACCUCAACGAGCGGUGGUACCCGUUGUCUGAGGGCGACAAGCCGCAGUCGCCCGGAGGCCGCGCGCCGCCGCCGCCGGCGCCCGCGCUGCGCAUCAAAUGCCGCUACCAGUGUGUCGACGUACUGCCACUGGACCACUACGGACGGUUCCUCGACUACCUCAAGAGGAACUACAGGCGGCUGUGCGAAUAUCUCGAGCCGGUUAUAGGAGUCAAAGCAAAAGAAGAUAUUGGCUGCGCGUUAGUACUGUGCAUGGCUGGGGCGGGUUUAGCACCGAGAUACCUCGCUGACGUGGUCGCUCUGGACGUUCGACGAACCGGCGACCACUCGCUCACCUUCCGCGGAAACUCACUCGCCACCAAGAGUAUGGAGGCGUACUUGAAGCUCGUCGGCGACCAGUAUUUACAGGAUACUCUAGGUGAAGCAGUAGCAGCAGCGGCCGGGCCAGGCGCUGCAGAAUGCGAGGUGGACCCGCUGCGGGCUGGCAGCGGAGCGGCACUGCGGCGACAGCAAACGGCACUCAGAGACGCCGUCACCUUAGCUUGGAGAGCCAUAGCAUCGUCCGCGCCUAGGUUCCCACCGCCGCUGAGAGACUGCUUUGCUACUUUCAGAGAGAGGUUGACGUCCAUGGGCCGGGAAGACAUUUCGGACAACUUGAUCAGUGCCUCUAUCUUCCUUCGUUUCCUUUGUCCUGCUAUUCUGUCUCCGAGUCUUUUUGGAAUUACUCAUGAGUACCCGAAUGAGCGAGCCGCGCGCAACUUGACGCUGGUCGCUAAGACGCUGCAGACGCUGGCCAACUUCACGCGGUUCCAGGGCAAGGAGGCGUUCAUGGAGUUCCUCAACGAUUUCCUCGAGCAAGAAGCGCCUAACAUGAAGGCUUUCCUCAGAGCUAUCUCGACACGCCCACCAGAACAGCAACAGCAACCGCAACAGCACCAGCAGCAGCAAGACGGGAGCAACCGCAACUCAUCCGCCUCUCAGGGAUCCAACGCGGGCUCUGAAAGCUCCAGAGAGAUCUACGGAGCGGUGGAGGCGGACCCUGAGUGGGCCCCACACGUCGACCUUGGGAAGCAACUGGCGACCCUGCACGGGUUGUUGGUUGACAGCCUUCCAAAGUUGCCUGCUGCUAGGAUGCAGGAGUUGGAUCCAUUGUCUGAUAUACUAGACGAUUUGAGCAAGAGGCUAGUAAGCAACGACAUCGGGCCUUCGCCACAGCUAUCUGAGAACAUCUUUAGGUUCAAUGACCCAACGUGCAAUACUCCAACCAAACAGAACAACACAGAGGCUACUACCAACGGUCAAAUGAACAGCAACUUCGCUCACAGCUCGCCCAUAAUGAACAAGAAUGGCGUCCAAUUCAAUAUCAGCCCAUCUAAGUCUAAUGCAGAGGAAUCAAAGUACAAAGGAACAUACGUCGGUGUCUCCAAGUCACCAAGUUUCAACCUACGCUCGGCAACCCUUCCAAGGAACGGUUAUGGGACAAACCAAGUUAACCCGAACGUAAACCCUGAUAGAUAUAGCUCCCAAUACAACAACCAGGAACAUUGUGUCAAUCUCAAGGUUGUACAGAUUGGCUUCACUUCAGACCAGUAUCCAAAAGGCAUCACAAACGGUGUAAAUGAAAGCUUGGAGAGACGAUUCCAAGAAAGAUACAAGCCGAACAAUUAUAACCAACAGACGCACUUCCACAACUCAAAUUACAACAGCACUGAGCGAUCUCCGAGUAGUGACAGCAUCAAUCAUAACUACUGCUCCACUGAAAUGCAGAAUUUGAUCAAAGACACCGCGACAUUGGAUGAGCUGUCAGACCUUUUAAAAUACGCUGACGAUUCUGAUAUUGUCGAAGACAAACUCAUCAUGAAUAAGAAAAACCUGGCACAAUCCAAAGCGAACAACAAUAACAUCGUUAACGGGAACAAAACAAAUUACACGAACAAUGGCUCGAACGUGUCUAUCAGUGGUCUCUCAAACGUCGCUAGCUCGGGCUACCAAAGUAUUGCAACUUACAGCCAAAGUUCUAGUCCCAUCGAAAAUUCAACGCACCUGCAUCAACCGUAUGAGAACGGCGGCCAGCCAAUGAGUCGAUACUCACAGCUAAACUACCAAAAACAGAGAGAUAAACAGUAUUAUGACAGCAAGAAUGACAAAUUUUAUCCAAAGAGCCCAGUGCAACAAAAAAUUGAGUACGAUAUUCAGAAAUACGGUAUACAAAACUUCACCACUGCAGACAACGCACAAAACAACACAAAUGUAAACUCAAAGAUAGCUCCAUUAGUAUUCACGAAUCCUGUAUACAACAUGGAAGACAAUCGGCAAUCACAGGAUAAGAAGAAGAACUGUGAGACUAGAAACUCAAAGCGUUGUUCGUGUGACUCAUCCAGUUCAUCAAUAGAUGAGGAGGGAUUGAGCACUGACAACGUGGAAACAAACUCGGAAGAGGGUUCUACCAACUUCAACGACGAUGGUAGAAACUAUGACCAACAGAACCGUAACAAUACCCACCGAAAACUCGCCAGAGAUAAUAGUAAUUACGAAGAUUUGUACCAGAGAAGCAACCACAGUCACUCCCCGAGAACGAGGGAUGAAGAGUCGUCGAGUAACUCGCCGAGUCUGCGUAAAAGUAGCAAAACGCGAAUGCCCAGAACAAAUCCGAUGCUCUCUUACUCCACGAAUCAAAACCAGCUUAAUUUGAAGCACUUCGGACAGCGUGGAGAAUCCUUGUACGAAAGUAAACCGCAUCACAUCUCAACGGACUCCGGAUACCCGAUGAGCAGGUCUGAUUCAAACGUAGAAGAGGUCAACAAAGAAAUGUAUCGGCUACAAAUAUCACGAAGUCAGAAGGCUUUGUACAACAUGGAAAGCGCGAAGAGUUCUCCCGAAAAAUAUGUUAUGACUGAGAGUACAAUUCCGGAAACGAAUUAUCCGCUAGAUAGAGCGUAUUCUGGGGCUAAGAUGUCGAGUAGCAGAUUGAACGAGGACUUAGAAAGGCAUCAACAGGAGUAUUAUGGAAAGCAGGAAUCGCCUUCUCGGGUAUUCAGUCGGGAGUCUCAGUCGAGUGAGGCCAGUGAUAGGGCGCAAAUACGCGCUGAUAGAGAAGUUGUCAACCGGGACAAAUUGCAAAGGCGAUUGAGUCUAGAGUCCAAGAGGGACAUGACAGACAGUUCCGAUGAAUUGGAAGACACGCUGUACAGUACAACAGGGAGACGACGAGCUUCCAAACAUCACAGAACCAUUGAACAGUACGAGCGUGAAAUUGAGAGGCUAAAGUGUUCAGUUGAGCUGCUCCGAGGGCGGCUACCUACUGAACCCGGCCAGGAUCAUACCGACGCAAAAAUGAAGGCUAUCAUUUCAAGGUUGAUCUGCGUGGAAGAAGAGCUCCGUCGCGAGCAGCGCAAAAUGGCCGCGGCAUUGUCUCACAAGCAGCGAGUCAUUGAAGCGCAGGAGCAUCGUAUAGCGGCACUAGACGAAGCCAAUACGCGACUGCUCUCAGCCCUGGUCCACCUACAACAGCGCGCGCCGCAUUCCUCCGCGCCGAGCGGCCCCUCACACCCCUCACCCCACUCACAGCACUCACAUCAGGAAUUGCAAAUUUAAAUUCUUCAUCGAACAUUCUAAUGGCAAAAAGAGUAGAAUUCGUCAUCAACCCGUCACAGUCCGCUUACGUAAUCUGAAGAUUUGCUUUUGAAUAUUUGAAGAAAAGUAACUAAUAAAAAAUACAAAUUAGCUUUAUCGCUUAAAGCGAUGUCUUACAGCUAUAAAGCGGUAAUUGUUGAAGCUGAAAUUUAGCCCCGAGUUUCAUUAAUCAUUAUAGAAAUUGCGUCCUUAUGACUGCUUAAAUACGCGUUAGAUGCGCAAUUAACUUCUACUCUUUUUUCCAAACUGAACAAUUUAUGAUUGAAAAUAGUUCAUGUCGAAUCGCUUUGAAAACUAUUCGAAUCUUUCGCUGACACGACGUAACGAAGGCUGCCUUCUUCAUUCAAUAAUGAUUACCGGUAUAGUUCAUUUAUUCAACACAUUUUGUAUACUUACGCGCAUAAAAGGCUCUCUACGCAUUUUUGUUUCAAACACUGUGUGGUCUUGUAGUGAAUUUCGUCACAUGAUACUUGAAUCGUAACUAAUUGGAUUUUUUUUAUGAAAUUAUCAUGCAAUGCAGUUUCCCCUGCAUACGAAGUGUGUCCAUGAGCCUCUUUUUAUGCUCAAAUAUUAGUGGGCAUUCAGACAAUUGAUGUAAAUAAACUUAUAAUUGUACAAAUCAAGUUGAUUUGAGACAAAAAUAAAUUUAAAAUAAUUUCACUUUGUUGCUAUUUACCUACUUAUUAUUAAACUACAACUGCCUACAAGUCACUAAAAUAAUUUCAGUGUGAUGAAAAUAAAAAUAAUUCAUUAAAAUAAAUACACUUCCGCAUUUAUUGUAUGAUUUAAUUUUAUCUUCGAUAUAAAAUUAGAUUUUGAAUCAUCUUUAGCGCUUGAAUCAUGCACAAUUUAGUAUCAGAUUAAUAUUAUUUCGAUCAUACGUUGUAAGCUUAGUAACUAUAAUGAAUUCUUAUAUAGUAAUUAACUUGAAACUUUCUUAAUUGAUGUAAUUCAAUAUCAAUGUUUUAAAUAUUUAACAGUAACAAAGUUUUGUUAGGUUGCCAUUUUCAUUUCAUUUGUUACGUUGUUUCAUUAGGAUUAACAAGAGAUGCUUUAAUGACAUUAAUACGUUUUGUAUCAGUAUUUUUCUAGCCUACCCGGUAUAUUCGCGACAUGUUUAUUUUGUUUUCUGUAACGUUGAUACCAAAGACGAUUGAAUAUCCCUUAGACUAGAGUUGUAGUAACGGAGUACGCACGCACUACAAUUGUAGCCCUAGUGUUGUAUUUUAAAGAGAAAGUUAAAGAUUUUAUAAUAAUAAUAAUAUAAGACUUGUAUGAUAAUAUUUUAGAAAUCAUUUAGUUUGUAGUGUGUAGUUGUGGUACCUUCAAACAUAAACUAUUUUUAAUACCUUUGGAGUAUUAUAGUGCGGAGUUUAGCAUACGAUCUUAACCUUAACAUUCAAAAUUUUAUUAAAAAUCUACUUUUCCUCUAUAUUUUUGGUCAUAUUAUACGAUUUAUUCAAAUAAUUUGUAACUGAUACAUUUCUCACAACUAAUCUGUUUACAGUGUCUAAUUAUAAGUCUAUCUUUAUGUAAAUAUACCUAAAUAUGUAGGUAUAAAAUAUUAUCACAUUAAAUUAUGAAUUACGUA